GUCCGCACCAUAUGCAUAUCAGACACUCACAACACCGACAUAUCUGCCUUGAUACCACCCGGUGAUAUUCUCAUUCACGCCGGUUGUCUUACCCAUUCUGGUACUUCUCGUGAACUCCAAGUUACCUUCGACUGGCUAGUCCCCCUUCUGCAUGAGCACAAAAUCGUUAUAGCUGAUAAUCACGAUGCGUGCCUUCAGACAGAUGAGGGUCAUUUAUGGGUCCAUACAUGGCGAGAGCGUGGAAUAAUUUAUCUGGAGGACAGGCUCACGCUAUCCAAGUGUGCGGUCGCGCAUUCAAAAUAUUUGGCAUCGCAUUCACUCCGUAGCAUGGCAAUGGCACCUUCCAAUACCCACGUACUUGUACCACUGACAGUCUCAGCCGUUGGUAUGUCGUACCAGACGCUCAUCACUCACGGUCCUCCAUACGGUCAUCUCAACCUCACUGAACUAAGUUGGCAAGCCCUACUUGCACAUAUGUGGAGACAGCCCUUAGUGCUUCAUGUGUUCGGACACAUUCAUGGUGGUCGCGGAAUCAAGAAUAUGCUCUGGAACCCUGCUCAGUCAAUUUGGGAUGACGUCAUGCACAUGAAAGGGGGUUAG